AUGAAUAUCGGUUUUCGUGUAGUGGGUUCACCAGAGCUCAUAAAAAGAGUUGGACAGCCUUAUCAGAUUGGCGAUUUAGAUAGAAGGUAUCAGAAGUUUAUCUUAUUGACCUGUUUGCUACUGAUGGUUAUGGAUGGCUAUGAUAUUCAAGCAAUCGCAUAUGCUGCGCCUUUGAUCAUGGAACAUUGGCACAUUGAUAAAACCAUGUUGGGGGUCGUAUUUAGUGCCAGCCUUUUUGGUUUAUUUAUAGGCUCACUAUUUUUAAGUUCUUUAGCAGACCGUUUUGGUCGCCGUCCCAUUUUACUUAUUUCAACUCUAGCUUUUUCUGUGCUGAUGUUACUCACACCAAGUGUUAGUAGUGUAGAACAAUUGACCAUCAUACGUUUUGUGACUGGAAUUUUCUUAGGAGGAAUUAUGCCUAAUGUUAUGGCAUAUAGUUCCGAGAUUGUGCCAAGUAAGUAUCGUAUUUUGACCAUGAUGGUUAUUUCAUGCGGUUAUACAGUUGGAGCAAUGCUAGGCGGUGGAAUUUCUGCUUUAUUGACGCCAAUUGGUGGAUGGCAUGCGAUCUUUUAUUUUGCGAACUGGUUACCGAUGCUUGCCAAAGAAUCAGGCUUAAAUUUAAACCAGGCCUUACUGAUUGGUUCCAUUCUACAGUUGGGAGGAGCCUUUGGCAGUAUUUUGAUGGGUUUGAAAAUAGAUAAAGUCGGAUUUUAUAAGGGUUUGCAAUUGUUGGUGGUCAGCCAGCGAUCAAUGCGUUUUCUGCUAGUUAUUAUCCUAUUUCACUACGUACUACUGGGGUGGGAUGGAGUAUUGGAAUAG